AUGAGAGUCGCUAACCACUUUGUCGAGUGGCUGCGGUACUCCCGCUAUUGUCAUCUCCUGGGUAUUGCGCAGCUUAUGUGGCUCGUGCUGCUGAUUGCACACUACAUGGCGUGCUUCUGGCACGUUGUUUCCUGCACUCAAGACCGUCAGUCUCGAAGUGUGGGCGAACAGUACGUUGCGGACUACUACUACGCUGUGAGUCUAAUUCAGGGUCAAGGGAACCUCAUUGGCACGUACGAAGAGAAUUUGUUCUCAAGUGUAGCCAUUAUCGUGGGUUCUGUCAUCCUCGCGAUAGUUUUCGGUAAUGUUGCCAUGCUCGUAUCGAACUUCAACGCUAACAAAACCAACUACCACCGCAAGAUGGAGGCCGUGUAUGAAACGAUGGAGAAGAUGGACCUGCCCCUCCGACUCCGAGAGCGCGUGAACGAGUACUACAAGCACGCGUGGGUGGAGUACGAGGCGCUGGACGGGAAUAUCAACAAGUUUCAGCACGAAUUGACUCACACGCUCGGGAUUGAGAUCGGACUCUACAAACACAUGAACCUCGUGGUCAUGGUCCCGUUCUGGAAGGACUGCACGCCCGACUUCCUCACGCAGAUCGUGCUGAAUCUGGACGUCCGCGUGUACAUGCCAGACGACUAUGUGGUUCGUCGAAGAGAGACCGGAAGCGAGAUGAUGAUGAUUAACCGUGGCUACUGCAAGCUGACCAAGCCGUCUGCAGUCAGCGAGGAUUUAAGCUCUGACGACGACGAUGAGCAGGAGAUAUUCGAAGGUGGGAUGUUCGGAGCCUCAAUAAACUCCAGUCGGUUUACUGCGGAUAUAGGCGGCCAACCCAGUGACUUCACCGAUGUACGCCGGUUUAGGAACGCUCAUGGAAGACGACCGAGUUAUCCGGAGGGAACCGAGGCGAAAAAAUCGAGGAGAUAUCGACAGUAUUUACACCCGGGGCAAGCUUUCGGAGAGAUGAGUUUGCUCAUGAACUACAAGCGAACAGCCAACAUUCGAGCGAUUACGUUUGUGGAGAUGUGCGUGUUGAGUCGCAAGGUGUUCCAGAGUAUUAUUUCUCGGUACCCUGAAGAUCGUCGACGCGUUCUCACUGCCAUGUUGGAGAGCUGCAUCGAA